CAAAAAUAAUGACUUUAUUCAACUUUAUUCAUAGUGUUGCUGUCUAUGGAGGGUCAGAAAGUUCUUGGAUUUCAUCAAAAACAUCUUAAUUUGUGUUCCAAUGAACGAAGGUCUUAUGGGUUUGGAAUGACAUGAGGGUGAGUAAUUAAUUUUCAUUUUUGGGUGAACUAUCCCUUUAAUAUCAAACAUUACUAAAAAGUGACAGGUGGAUUUACACAACACACUGCAGAGUUUGAUUGGACGCAAGUGUUUAAGUGGAAAGUGUUUUCACUUAUCUUUUAAACAUUGAUACGCUUAUUUAUUUUGCUCUCAUAACUAUGCAUGAUUAUAUAGUUGAAUUUUGUUAUUUGCAUUUAGCAUUAUUUACAAUUUACAACUGUCCGGAACGCUAUAAGAUGAAAACUUUUUUUUUUUUUUAAUCUCAUUUUCUUAUUGAAUUAUAUAAACAAUUUACUUUUUAUUACAUCUGAAAAUAAAAUGAUAAUAAAUAAUUAUAAUACAAAUACAGCUACCAGUAACCAUUAAAACAGAUGCAGUUGCAUUAACAAAAUUGUCUUUUGUUAGUAGUGUAAACAUUUAUGAAGCAUGGUUCAUGCAGAAGUCACUUUCAAACCAAGUAAAUCUGUGCAACCAAUGUGAACCUGUUUGUGAAAUCUGUGUGGGUCAAUCUUUCGCUCUUAAGCGAACUUCAAGAUUGCAUGGAAUCCUAAUAAAAUGGCUGGAUUCUGCUCAUGAAUAUUUGCCAAACAACACUAAAUUUGACUGCAUCUUUAGCCUUGAUUACGACAUUAUUAAAAAAUGUAGAACAUUUUAAGAAAAAAAAAAAGAAAACUCCCCAUUCGCCCUCUGAAGUUUCAUGUGCAUGGAGAUUCAGAUGACCUGUUGAUGUAUGCUUUAUAACAUGUUGUGGUUUAGGUGUUCUUUGCUAAUACUGCUUUUGCCUUAUGACUUUCAAUCAUAUGCUUUGCACAUGGAGUCUCAAAGUCAUGCUGCAGACUCUACAUCUUUACAAUCUUACAGGUACAGCAUUAUAAAUCACUUUGGUAGUAAUAUAGCUCAAUUCUUUCAAAAUAUCAAUCAAGUAUUUCCUUCUAUAACAGUGAUGAUCUCAGCAACUGUACAAUUGUUGUAUUGUCAAACAAGCUUUCACAGUAAAGUAGUGAUACAUGCACACAUUGCCUCUGUGCGUUUCCUGUACUGCACUCAUUGUCAUUUGAGACAAGCUGUCUGCUUUUUUCUUUGAAUGGAUUGGGUUUCAUGGGUGGUAAAACAAGGCAGGUCAAAGAGAAUGUUUGGUUUUAGAACUUCACUGAAAUGCAUCUGACAGUCUAACAAUAGACGAAGGCUUUCAGCGCACACCAAUGAUAGGCCAUUGUAAUCACGUGGUGUGUUAGUAUGUUAGCCUUGAGACUGAGGCCCGCUGCUCUAACACUGCGCUCUAAAAGAGAGCGGCUCCUGAGAUCUCUGAGAUCCACACACAACCCAGGUAAGAGUUAUCUAUUCAGAUCCCUGCCUUGUAGGAAUAAUCAACAGGAUGUAUUUUGCUAUUAGUGUUGCAUUUAACAAUGUUUGUAAUGUAUCCUGCAUUUAAUCUUUGACAGAGUUUAUAGUCAUGUCUGACACAGAAGAUGUGAUGGAUGAGGGAGUUCAUAGAUGACUCAAAGUCCAAACCAAAAUAUCUAUCAAAUAUCCAAGCACCAAAAAUUCCAGAGGGAGAAAAAGUAGAUUUUGAUGACAUCCAAAAAAAGCGUCAGGAGAAGGAUUUAGCAGAACUACAGUCUCUUAUAGAGGCUCAUUUCCUCCAGAGACAGAAAGAUGAAGAGGAACUCAUUGCUCUGGUCAACAGAAUUGAGAAGAGGCGAGGUGAGAGAGCCGAGCAGCAGCGAGUGAGAGCAGAAAGAGAGAAAGAGCGUCAGGCCAGACUCGCCGAAGAGAGAGAGAGGAAGGAGCAGGAAGAGCAGAGAAAGAAGCAGGAUGAAGAUGCCAAGAAGAAGAAAGCUCUCACUAAUAUGACCCAUCAAUAUGGUGGCAUACAGCAAAAGGGUGAAGGACGCAAAGGUGCAAAGAAACAGACCGAAAGGGAGAAAAAGAAGAAGAUCCUGGCUGAUCGCCGAAAACCACUGAGCAUUGAUCAUCUGAGCGACGACAAAAUCAAGGAUAAAGCCAAUGAGUUGUGGCAGUGGUUGAUGCAGCUGGAAGCAGAGAAGUACGAUCUAAACGAGAAACUGAAACGCCAGAAAUACGAUAUAAAUCAACUCCUUGCCCGCGUCCAGGAUCACCAGAGUGCCAAGGGACGCGGCAAAGGCAAGAUGGGAGGAAGGCUGAGAUAGAUGUUGACAGCACACAUGAGAGGAAUUUCUGCCCUCCUGCAUUAGUUUUGUUUGAAGAUAUUUAAAAGUCAUUAUUCGGAACAUACAAAAAUGCUCUGGCUGUACAUUUCUUGCUUAUUUUUGCCAUGAAUAAAUAUCAGCACUUACUGUUAGUUUCAGUGUACUCAAUUUGUUAAUUAGAUUAUUUAAUCAAAUAAAAAUAUAUUCAAUCUGUGAUUAUUAAAUUAUAUCAGCAACAUAUUGUAGUAUUAAUAUGUAACAGUAAAUAUAGUUGCAGUGCACCAUAAAAUGAACUGUUAUGUGUAAAAAUUGUGUGCAGAUAAAA